AUGUUGAAAUCCACUAGAUGUGCAUCUUGCAAAUCUUUGAGGAAAAGAUGCUCUAAAGAUUGCAUCUUUGCUCCAUAUUUCCCUGGAAAUAAUCCAAAAAGAUUUGAUUGUGCUCAUAAGAUCUAUGGAGCAAACAAUAUUUCCAGAGCCUUGCAGGAUCUUCCCAUUCAUGCAAGAGCAAUGGCUGCAGACUGCAUGGUUCUUGAAGCAAGUUGGAGAAUAACUGACCCUGUUUAUGGAUGCAUUGGGCUCAUAACCCAAUUGCAAGAUCAAUUCAUUAAGACCCAGAAUGAGCUAACCCAAAUUCAAGCCCUCUUAGCACUUCACUGGGCCCAGAUUCAUGAAAAUGUACUAAUUCCAUUUGAAAAUAAUACUCAAGUGGUUGAACUAGAACCAUCUUGGGUAAAUUGUAAUGGGUUUGUAGUAGAUCAAUAA